UUGUGUUCCCUGUGUUCCGCCGCGUGUGUUGGUGGAGUUUCUUCCGAGUGUUCCAAUGGCAGAACUUGUGGUCUCCAUGGCCAUCGGGCCACUGAUGUCCAUGCUCAAGGACAAGGUUUCCAGCUACCUCCUCGACCAGUACAAGGUGAUGGAGGGAAUGGAGGAGCAGCACAAGAUUCUCAAGCGCAAGCUUCCAGCCAUCAUUGACGUCAUCACCGACGCUGAGGAGCAGGCGACGGCACACAGAGAAGGGGCGAAAGCAUGGCUCCAGGAGCUCAAGACGGUGGCCUAUGAAGCAAAUGAAGUCUUUGAUGAAUUCAACUACGAAGCACUACGUCGUGAAGCCAAGAAGAAGGGUCACUACACCGAUCUUGGCGUUCAUGCAAUCAAACUCUUCCCUACUCACAACCAUGUCAUGUUCCGUCACAGAAUGGCUAGCAAGCUUAGCCGGGUUCUGCAAGCCGUUGAGGUCCUCAUAGCAGAGAUGCAUGCCUUUAGGUUCAAGUACCGGCCACAGCCAUCCGUGUCCAAGCAGUGGAGGCAGACAGAUUAUGUUAUCGUUGACCCACAUGAAAUUGUUAGAAGAUCUAGAGACAAAGAUAAGAGGAAUAUUGUUGAUACACUACUUCGUCAAGCUAACAAUGCAGAUCUCACAGUUGUUCCCAUCGUUGGAAUGGGGGGCCUUGGAAAGACCACAUUAGCGCAGCUCAUAUACAAUGAACAUGAAAUUCAGAAGCAUUUCCAAUUGUUGCUUUGGGUCUGCGUUUCUGAUACCUUUGAUGUGAACUCCGUGGCUAAGAGUAUAGUUGAAGCAUCUCCCAAGAAGAAUGAUGAUACUGAAAAAUCACCACUGGAUAGACUUCAGAAAUUGUUAAACGGACAAAGGUAUCUCCUUGUAUUGGAUGAUGUCUGGAACCGAGAGACCCAUAAGUGGGACAUGUUGAAGAUGUGUCUUCAGCAUGGUGGCACAGGUAGUGCAGUAUUGACAACAACUCGUGACAAACAGGUUGCUGAAAUCAUGGGUGCAAAUACAACCCAUAAUCUCAAUGAUUUGGAUGAUGUUUUCAUAAAGGAAAUUAUUGAGGCUAGAGCAUUCACUCCGGAGAAAGAAAAGCCUACAGAGCUAGUUGAGUUAGUUGGUGAGAUUGUGAAGAGAUGUUGUGGCUCUCCUUUAGCUGCAACUGCACUGGGCUUUGUACUUCGUGCCAAGAGCAGCGUGGAAGAAUGGAAGGCAGUAUCAUGUAGCAGCAGUAUUUGCACCAACGAAACUGGAAUUCUGCCAAUACUCAAGCUUAGCUACAAUGACUUGCCAUCAUACAUGAAGCAGUGCUUUGCUUUCUGUGCUGUAUUUCCCAAGGAUUACAAGAUUGAUGUGGAAAAGCUUAUCCAACUAUGGAUAGCAAAUGGAUUUAUCCCUGAACAAAAUGAAACAAAUGGAAGACAUAUUUUCAAUGAGCUGGCAUCAAGGUCAUUCUUUAUUGACAUAGAAAAUUUUAAUGAUGAUGUGGAGGAUUAUUCUAGGACGAUAUGUAAAAUCCAUGAUCUUAUGCAUGAUAUUGCAAUGUCUGUUAUGGAGAAAGAAUGUGUUUUUGCAAGUGAGAAACCAAAUCAGACUGAGUGGCUUUCAGAUACUGUUCGGCAUUUGUUUUUGUCAUGUAAAGAAACAGAAGGUAUUUUGAAUAGUUCUAUGGAGAAAAGAUCUCCUGCUAUCCAAACACUGCUAUGCGAUAGGUUUCUGAGGACCCCAUUGCAGCAUCUGUCAAAGUACAGCUCUUUGCAUGCCUUGAUGCUCUGUACAGGUGGAGAAUCAUUUGUACUGAAACCAAAGUAUCUGCAUAAGCUGAGGUACCUUGAUCUCUCAAGCAGUUAUAUGGACGCACUUCCUGAAGAUAUAAGUAUUCUAUAUAACCUACAAGUGUUGGAUGUUUCCAACUGCUAUUAUCUUGCUCAUCUUCCGAGGCAGAUGAAGUAUAUGACUUCCCUCCGUCACCUCUACACCCAUGGAUGUCGGAAGUUGGAGAGCAUGCCUCCAGAACUUGGAAAACUCACUAAGCUGCAGACUCUUACAUAUUUUAUAGCAGCGGUUACUGGUCCUGAUUGCAGUCCUGAUUGCAGUGGUGUUGCAGAGCUGGAGCAUUUAAACCUUGGUGGUCAGCUAGAGCUAUGUCAGGUAGAGAAUGUUAGAGAAGCAGAGGCAAAAGUGGCAAACCUCGGAAAAAAGAAGAAUCUCAAAGAACUGAGAUUAAGAUGGACUUCUGUUUCUGACAGCAAGGUGCUCAACAAUUUCGAACCUCAUGAUGGGCUGCAGGUUCUGAAGAUAUAUUCCUACGGUGGAAAGUGUAUGGGUAUGUUGCAAAACAUGGUUGAGAUCCAUCUUUUUAAAUGUGAAAGAUUGCAAGUGUUGUUCAAAUGCGGUACAUCCUUCACUUUUCCAAAACUGAAGGAGCUUAGGCUAGAAGAUCUGUUGGAUCUUGAGAGAUGGUGGGAAAUAAAUGAGAGGCAAGAAGGACAAAUAGUAUUUCCUGUGCUUGAGAAGUUGUUUGUUAGGCAUUGUGGAAAGUUGGUCGCAUUACCUGAAGCACCAUUGCUACAGGAAUCAUGUGGAGGUUUUUGCUCGGCGUUUCCAGCCCUACAGGUACUGGAACUGGAAGGCUUGGAGAGUUUUCAGAGAUGGGAUGUUGCAGAAUCAUGUGGAGGAGAACAAAUAUUGUUUCCUCAGCUCGAGGAACUGUCAAUUCAGAAUUGCCCAAAGCUGAUAGCAUUUCCCGAAGCACCUUUGCUACAGGAAUCAUGUGGAGGUUUUCACUCGGCGUUUCCUGCCCUACAGGUACUGAAACUGAAAGACUUGGAGAGUUUUCAGAGAUGGGAUGUUACAGUUGGAGGAGAACAAAUAUUGUUUCCUCAGCUCGAGGAACUGUCAAUUCAGAAUUGCCCAAAGCUGAUGGAUUUACCUGAAGCACCAAAACUAAGUGUAUUAGAAAUUGAAGAUGGCAAGCAAGAGAUAUUUCAUUCGGUACACAGAUAUAUAUCUUCACUGACCAAGCUAAUACUUAAUCUAGAAAACACAGAAACAACGCUAGAGGCCGAGUGCACUGUAAUUGCACCAAUGGACAUCAACAAUAAAUGGUUCCAGAAAUCUCAUCUUACAUUUAUGGAGUUAGGAUGCUGCAACUCAUUCUUUGGAUCAUUUCCACCAGAGCCGUGGGACUAUUUUAUACAGCUUGAAGAGUUGAACAUUGUUAGAUGUCAUGUGCUUGUCCAUUGGCCUGAGAAAAUGUUCCAAAGCUUGAUAUCCUUGAAGAUUUUACAGAUUAGAAGAUGCAAAAAUCUGACUGGAUAUGCACAAGCUCCUCUUGAGCCAUCAGCAUCUGAAAGGAGUCAACACCUGCCAGGUCUCGAGGUUCUUUACUUAAACAAUUGUGAAAGUUUGGUAGAGAUGUUCAAUGUCCCAGCAUCUCUCAAGAAAUUGGAUAUUUAUAGUUGCCAAAAGCUUGAGUCCAUAUUUAGCAAGCAGCAGCAAGGCAUGUCAGAGUUAGUUCAAGGGUCUUCUUGCAUUGAGGUAAUCACACGUACAGCUGUAUCAGAGUUGUCAUCAUCAACCAGGAAUCACUUUUGUCCAUGCCUAGAAGAGCUGUCUUUAGAUGGGUGUGGAAAUUUACCAGCGGUUCUGAAGCUUCCACCAUCCUUAAAGACCAUAGCUAUUUCUAACUGCAGUAGUAUUCAAGUCCUGUCAUGUCAGCUGGAUGGUCCCCCAAGACCACAAGUCAGUACUUCCAUAAAUGCGCUAGAGCCAUCAGCAGAAACUAGAGAGCAUUCACUCCCUCCUUAUCUCAGAUCUCUAUCAAUAUCGUCCUGUGACAUGUUGGGCGGAAUUCUCCGCCUGCCCACGUCCCUCGAGAUGCUGGGCAUUGCGAACAACAGUGGGUUCAUAUCGUUGGAGUAUCUGGCGGGAGAUCCCCCAUCGUUGAAAUGCCUUCAGUUCAUAAGCUGCAGUGCCCUGGCAUCCCUACCGAAUGAGCCGCAUGCAUACAGGUCUAUGUAUUCGCUUUCCAUUAGAGACUGUCGUGCCAUAAAGAAGCUCCCUAGAUGCCUGCAGCAGCAACUGGGCAGCAUUGAAAUGAAAGAUCUGGACGCCCAAAAUGAAGUAAUGGCAUUUAAUCCAAAGACAUGGAAGAAAAUACCAAAAAUGGUCAGUGAGCGGAGGUGGUACGCCAAGAAGAGGAGGCAGGCCAAAUGCACAAUUGAAAUGCAGGAAGCUUAGCAUUGCGCAGUUAACCGAGGAAAACUGGACGAAGACCACAUAAAAAGGGCAUGCGUUAUGUUUGCUAGCUUCAGACAGUAUACGAGAUUAUGUCAUGAUUGUUAUCAGCUUGGUUGAGCUUUGACCUUCAUCUUAUUAUAUUUGUAACGUGAACAAAUUCAUCUCCUUCACCAUUCCCAGUUUGAGAAGAAGCUGGGAUACUAACAUUUGUGAUAGAAAU